CAGUUAGAUUUUCUAGAGUGCGAGUACAAAUGAAGUUUGAUAAAUUGUGUUAUCAAUUUUUACAAAAAAAUAUUAAAUUAACGUUGUAAAGUUGUUUUCAUUUAUAAUUUCAUCGAAUAAUUGUCAAUUAAGACUCUACAAUGAUUGUGGAACAAAUAGACGCAUUCAAGACAUGGUUAACAGCUGUUCUGAAGCCUCUGUGUCAAGCAGAUCCAGCUGCUUUGGCGAAAUAUAUCAUUGCAUUGAUAAAAAAGGACAAAACGGAAGAUGAACUCAGAAAAAGUAUGAUUGAGCAGUUAGAUGUUUUUCUUGAGGAAGACACUAAAUCAUUUGUGGACUUGGUGUUUCAAACACUAACCACCAAAGACUACUUAAAUGUUCCAGUGAUACCAAAUACUAAUCCACCUAAUCCUAAUACCAUUAAAACAAAUAGUAAAGAAGUACCCAAGGAGACCAAAAUUAUAGUACCACCUGGAGAACUCAGUCCUAAGGAAGCAUUAAAUGGAAACGCGAAAAAGGAUCUGGAAGUUAAAAGGGAUCUUGAAGCUAAAAGAGAUAGGGAAGCUAGAAAAAAUUCUGACGUGGAGAGGGAGGAGCGCCCGGUUCGUAGACGUUCUCCUAUCCGCCACCCAUCUCUUCCUAGGAAUCGAACACGAUCUCGAUCAAGAUCGUGGGACAGAUCAAAAAGAUCUAGAUCCAGGGAGAAAUCUAGAGAGCGUAACGAAAGAGAACGAGAACAACAUAGGAUAGACAGAGAAAAAAGAGAGCGGCCGGAGAGACCACGAAUAUGGAGAAAUAAAUCACCCCCUAGAAGAUAUGAUAGAAGAAGAUUGUCUCGAACCCCUUCGCCUAUAAGAGCCAGAUCGAGAUCUAGGAGUCCUAGACAUACACAUAGGAGUAGGUACAGGAAUAAUAACAGAUCUUCAGCUAGUCGCAGCAGAUCGAGGUCAUUAGAAAAGAGAGAUCGCAGAGAUUCUGCCAAAGAAAAGGAGGGUUCUAGACCAGGAACACCUCAGGAUAAUGGAGAAUCAGAAGGCCGUAAUUCGAACGUAUCCAGUGCAGUUGUUGCCGCAGGUGGAAAAAAGAGAUGUAGAGAUUUUGACGAGAAAGGCUAUUGUAUGCGGGGAGAAAUGUGCCCUUUCGAUCACGGAAUAGAUCCAGUGGUACUUGAAGAUACCACCCUAAGUCGUGUAUUAACGUAUAAUCCUAAUGGUACGCCGAACGUCGUAUCAUCUGGAAUUGUACCCAAUCCAAUUUUAAAUGCUCCAGGUCACCCCAUGAUGGGCCAGAGAAUGCCAUUGAGAUCUGAUAACGCGUACAAUCCGCAGGCGCCACAUAUAUGGAGGGACGGAAGGUUCAGAGGACCUAGACCAAUGGGUAUCGUUAGAGGUGUUUUUGAUUUUGGUUACCAGGUACCACCCAUGGGCCAGUUCGGACCACCACCUAAUCAUAAUCGAGAGUUAAUUCCAGUGCCUGUGAUGGAUAAUAAACAACCUGAGACAUAUACGCCAAUGUAUAAUCAACAAGGGAACUUCAUGAAUACCAUGGACCAUGAAAACAUGUACAAGAAAAAGUUUGACUAUAAUCGUCUAGGUGCCAGGCAUAAAAAUCCGCAGAAUUGUUCCCUAGAAUUGAAAAAAGUGCCACAAGGAUUGAAUAGUAUUACACAUUUGAAUAAUCAUUUUGGAAAAUUUGGAAAAAUUGUCAAUAUACAGGUCCAAUACGAAGGGGAUCCAGAAGCAGCCCUAAUAACGUUUUCUAGUCACGCCGAAGCGAACGCGGCAUAUCGCAGUACCGAGGCUGUUCUCAACAACCGCUUUAUCAAGGUAUUUUGGCAUAACGUUGGCCAACAGCAGCCUCAAAUCCCUGGGCCAGCAGGAACAGUAGAAGGUAAACAGGAGAAUGUGCCUCCCGCACCACAGCGCUCCGUCAAGGAUCGUCUGGGAGGGAGCACUUCCUUAGUAGUAUCCAAUACUAACAAAGUUUUGAAUCUAGUUCAACCAAAGGCAGACGAAGCCGAACAACCCCCAGCCGAAGAAGAAAAGAAACCUAUAACCAAGGAGGAAAGCAAAUUACAAGCCGCGGAAGCCGUUAAGAAAAAUCAGGAAUUGAUCGCCACUCAGGUGAAGGUGAAGAAAAACCAAGACGUUCAAAGAAAGCAGGUUCUAAAAAUUCAGAGCGACUUAAGAAAAAAGAAACAGGAUUUAUUGGAGAAGCAGUUGUCGCAGCAGAAGGUUCUAAUAGAGAAAUUAGAAAAACUUCCUGCUGGUCCUCAGAGAGAUAUUGUUAAAGAAACCAUUAAAAAAACACAAGAAGCAAUCGAGGAAAUUAAGAAAGAUCUCGAGGCUGCUGCCUUAUCUGCCAAAACCACGCCGCCUAAAAAAACCAAAGAAGAAACCCAGAAGGAAUUGCUGGAUACGGAGUUGGAUUUGAUAACAAAACAACAAGAAGGCGCAGAUACAUCUGAGAUUCAAAAGAAAAUCUUAGAACUUAGAGCACGUGUUGCUAGCUCGAAACCUACCAGAGGACGAGGUAUUGCCAGAAGAUAUACACCUGGAAGACAUUUGUUGUCUAAGAAUAAUUUAAAACCUCGACCUGUGCGUAGUAUUAACAGGAUUGCUGCACCGGUAACGACCGUUGUAGUACCGUCUCCAACUGCUGCUACUUUCCAAAAACACACUGUAGAUCAUCGACCUACAAGAUUGCUUGUGUCUGGAUAUGAAGCUGAUGAACAAGAGAGUGUAUUGAAUCACUUUCAGCAAUAUGGCGAAGUUGUGGAUUAUGAGGUGGAUAGUUCACUUCCAAGUAUAACACUAAACUACAAAACUAGGAAAGACGCUGAAAUGGCACUACUUAAAGGAAAGCAUUUCCAGGAUCGGACGUUAUCGAUAACUUGGAGCAAUAACAAACAAUUACAUAGACAAAGGAGCAGUAGUUCCACUACAACAACUAAAACUGUGAUGCUGUCAGAUGUUGAUGAAGAUCAAUUGAUUGAUUCUAGUCUGCUGGAAGGCGAUGAUGAUUUGGGCCCGGAGAUUUCAGAAGAAGCUUUAUUACAAGACGACGAAGAGGAGGACGAAGAGGAUAGAUCCUGGAGACGAUAGUAGAAGGAUAAUGAAAUUGAUAUUUUUUUACCAUAUCGACAGUUCAGCUUUUUUUAAAUUAGUACUAAACAGCUGUCGAGUGUGAUGAGUUAGAGUUCGGUUUGACUGUUUUUUACUGGCUGUAUGCAGCCAACAGUUUUAUGUACAAAGAUAAUUGUUAUACAUAAUAAAUAUUAGUUUUUUUAAACGAUAUCAGUGGAAAGUAGACAUGCUAGGAAUAUUUAUCUAAACGUUAAAAUUAAAAACAAAUGUGAUUCUUCAGAUUUAUGGUCUGUUACUAAUUUAUAUUCGAAUUAAAUAUUUAAAUAUUUUUUAACAUAUCUAAGGGCCGGUUUUUCAGUGCUGGGUUAACCCAGAUUUUUCGGUCACCGAAAUUUUUAUGGUUAAUCAGUUUUUCAAUACUAGGUUAUCGCUUAAACCCGUUUAAGUUGACCAAGAUUUUAACCGAGACUCGCUAUCAUAGGUGGUUUAACUCCGAAUUUUCCGACAGACGUUUAUCUAUAUUUGCUGACAGAAGAGGUUAGUUAAAUUAUGACAUUUUGUGUUAUCGCGGGAAAUAUUGUAUUAUGUAUUAUUAUAUUCUUGAUUAUAUCUUCAUCAUCAGAUGAAAAAUCGGAACUUGAAUGCAUUAAUCAUUUUUGUAAUGUUAUGUUAUUUGUUAUUUAUAAAACAGGUUAUGAAAUUCUAUUUUGUUUAUUUUUCUGUCAAAAAUCUAUAGAAUUGCACAUCUUGGUUUAAAGCACUGAAAAACGAUAUAAGGGUUAAAAUAUUGGUUAAAAUUUAAACUAGGUUAGCUAACCAAAAUUUUAACCGCUCACUGAAAAACCGGGCCUAAGUUCAGUUAAUUGUCAGAAAUUGUUUUUAUAUUUACGCCACUUUAUUUAUGUUUUCUAUAACCAUUGUUAUAUUAAGUCAAUGCACGGAAUGUACUAAAGUAGUUAGUAAAGUUAAUAGUCAAAUACAUAAGUGUCGUAAUAAUGAUUAUUUGAUUGAGUUAUUGAUUUUUGUAUUUUCAGUAUUAAUUACAAGAUUGCCUUUUAACUUCUUCUUUUAUGAGGAAUUUGCUGGCUAUAUACUAUA